GGCGCCUUUCACAAUCGCGCGCGUCAGGAGCGCCGCAUCCGACUGAGAGACACCGGCCAUCCAGCGUCACACAAGAGUAUACGCGCGUAUAUUUACUUUCCCCCUCGAUCGGCUCACUUUCUCUGCUCGCCGCGCGACCUACAAAGUCUCGUACCUGUGAACACCUUCGGCUAGUCCUUUGGUGCACUUUGCUUGCAGCACACGCGCACGUCCUCAACAGCAAACGAUUCACAAUGCAGUACACAAAACUAGCGAUGCGUCUUUCAAUCAUCAUGAUGGUGCUUGUUCUGGGGCUGACGGCCGAAGAAACAGAUUCCGCACCUGCUGGAGUUGCGCCCACCUCCCUCAGCGACCAAACACUUCAGAACGCCAUCAAGGACAAAAGAUACAUGCUCCGCCAAAUUAAAUGCACCCUUGGAGAGGUCCCCUGCGACCCCGUUGGCCGCAAACUCAAAGCUCUCGCUCCUCUUGUUAUCAAGAACAUUUGCUUCCAAUGCACUCCUCAGGAGAAGAGGCAAAUUCAGAUGGUCGUUUCUCACAUCCAGCGCAACUACCCUGCCGAAUGGGCGAAAAUUGUUCGCCAGUUUGGAUCUACGUAACUUGAAAUCAUAAUCCAUCUCAUUAAAAUUGAUUUCAUUUUCUCUCAACAAAUUCUCAACUACAUUAAGCAUAAUAGAUUUUUUCAUUUUCGAAAAAAAAACGCGAUUUUAAAAUCUCUCACUGCAUUUAUGGUUUGAUGUGCUCUAUUUAUGCUGCUCUCUGAUAGUAAUAAAUAUAAGAAAAAUACGAA